AUGCAACCCAGCAAACCUCCCCACGAGAACUUGCCUCUCACAAAGGAUCUCCUCCAUCCCUCUCCAGAAGAGAAGAGGAAAUAUAAGAUGCACCUGGUGCAGAGCCCCAAUUCCUAUUUCACGGAUGUGAAAUGCCCAGAAUGCUAUAAAAUCACCACAGUUUUCAGCCAUGCACAAAUGGCAGUUUUGUGCUUUGGUUGCUCCACUGUCCUCUGCCAGCAUAGAGCAGGAAAAGCAAGUCUUACAGAAGGAUGUUUCUUCAAGAAGAAGCAGCACUAA